AUGGUCAUGGCGCCUCAGCCUUUGCGUGCCCCCGCUGGCCACGCGGCGUGCAGGUGCUCGGCCGCGCCGCUCUUCGGGAAGCGGGCGCCCCUCGUCGUCGCGUUCCCCCGCGCCGGUAGCGGCGGCGCCGUCGUCGUCUCGUGCUCGGCCGUGCAGGAGUCGUCCACCUCCACCACCGUUAGCAAGAAGAAGGAUGCUGCAGACGGUGCCAAGGAGGCCACAGCAGCGGCGGCGAAGCCGGCCGCGGCUGCCAAGCCAAAGAAGGCCGCGGCACUGCCGCUGCCGGAGAUGAUGCAGAAGGAGAUCAUCCCACCGCUGAAGGCUGCCUUGGAUGCGGAGGAGAACGUGUCCCAGGUCCAGCUCGCCUUCCAAAACAACACGCUAGAGGGGUCUUUCAUAAAGGAUGACGUCCCUUAUUAUUUUUGGGCCUUCUUUCCAAAAGGAGACCUCACAGGACCGAAGGGCUUUGCGCUAUCGUCCUACAGCAACGAAGUGAGCACCAUCGAGCCAUUCCUGAUCGACGAGAAGAGGAUAACGGCCAAGUACGUGGUUUUCUGGGUUUACAAGAGGCUGGCUGGGCAAGGCAUCCUUCCGGUCUGGAAGGAAGAGGAGGGGGAGGAGGAGGACGCGAAGUAG